CCCUUAAAUGGCUUUUUGUUGACUCUCCGUCUCGUAUUCCAAUCUCGCAGAGGGAUCGGGUCACUCGCCGUGGUUGCUGCGAUCGACGGGCUCUGGUCUCCAUCGGCAAGCAGCGGCAGCAGGAAUGGCGGGCGGCAGCGACAAAAUCGACUACGUCUUCAAGGUGGUGCUGAUCGGAGACUCUGCGGUGGGGAAGUCGCAGAUCCUGGCGCGAUUCGCUCGCGACGAGUUCAGCCUCGACUCCAAGGCCACCAUCGGGGUGGAGUUCCAGACUAGGACGCUCGUCAUCCAGCACAAGAGCGUCAAGGCACAGAUCUGGGACACCGCUGGCCAAGAAAGGUAUAGAGCUGUCACCAGUGCCUACUACCGUGGGGCAGUAGGGGCCUUGCUUGUUUAUGACAUUACUAAGCGUCAAAGCUUCGACCAUAUUCCUCGGUGGCUCGAGGAGCUUCGGAGCCAUGCCGACAGGAACAUAGUCAUCAUGUUAGUGGGCAACAAGACCGACCUCGAGGACCAGAGAACCAUAACCACAGAAGAUGCCCGGGAGUUUGCUCAGAAGGAGAAUCUCUUCUUUCUCGAAACAUCAGCUCUAGAAGCUACAAACAUCGAGAAUGCCUUCCAGACUGUGCUGACUGAGAUAUUCAACAUCGUCAACAAGAAGAACCUGACAUCUGAUCCUCAAAGCAACAACACUGCACCAACAUUGCCAGGAAAGAAAAUAAUCGUCCCUGGCCCUGCACAGGAGAUUCCGAAGAGUAAGACCUGUUGUACAACUUCCUAGCUUGUGUUCAUCUUCUAUGUAGCUGUUCGUUACAGCGGAGUAGUUGGCUAGUCGUCUUACCCUCAAAAGCAGUAGCUGUUUGUUUUGAAUUGUGACAUCUUGGUGGAAUUGGAAAGAACGAGUGGGUGAACAUGGGAAGAUGUGGUUCGGUGUAUGGUUUAAUUAUAUUUGGUUGAUAUGAAACACUUUCGAUGCUUCUCUUGAUAAACU